UGAUGUUUAGAGCUGUACAUGCUAUUGUUAACGUGCUGAUCAUGUUUUAUAUUCUGCCACGCGAUUAUAAGAUUUAUUGCUACGUUUUAUUUUAAUGACUGGCUGACAAAUAAUAACUGGCCAAUUUAAUUAAGACGAAAAAACGGGAAUAUUCGGAUUUUUUUUUACAUUGUUGAGCAGUUUUUAAUUAGUUAUCUUAGAUGUAACAACCGGACAGUCGUUUAUAGUUAUUUAACGUUUUGCAGUGUUCAAAAGGGCUUAAUUCACUUCUGCAACAAGAUCAUUGUUAAAGGAAGGAUGUCAUCGUCUGCAGAACCGUUUUCUUACAUCGAAAUGAGUCGAGUCCGCUCAGCUGACUCUGUCGUCAGCAGCGCCGAUCGUCUCCUAAAUCUGAGAGAAAUGCUCCCUGAUGGUUUACAGGAGGCCGAGUGGUACUGGGCCAACAUAUCAAGGGAGGAGGUGAAUGAAAUACUCCAGGGCAUGCCGGAUGGGGCUUUCCUGGUCCGAAACGCCUCCUGCAAGCGGCACGGAGAAUAUACAUUAACUGUGAGAAACAAUGGCACAAACAAACUCAUCAGGAUCCAGCAUCAAGACGGGAAAUUUGGGUUCUCUGAGCCUCUGACGUUCAGCUCGGUGCCGGAGCUGAUCUCUUUCUACAGACAUCGCAGCCUGGUGCAGUACAACAGCUCCCUGGACGUCCCGCUGGCGUACCCUGUGUCCCACUGCGACACGCCACCCUCCUUCACCGAUCUGCCUAUGAAGGAAGAGUUUCUGAGUGCGACCAGAGAGAAGCUCCAGGAGUGUUUGAGACUGUUUCAGAAGACGGCCGAGUACGAGCGCCUCUAUGAGGCUUGCACCACACUGUUACAGGAAAUCCAAAGGAGAAAUGCAUCUGAGGCCGUCAGUUUCUCUGAAGAACAGCGUUAUUCUCACGAGAGCUCGUGCGAGGAUUUCCAGGACACAGACCAGAGCGAGCUGAAAGAGUCUGAAUGUGAGGUGAAAGAGGAGGAGGAGGAGAAGAGUGUGGCGCUCCUGGAGGAGGAGAGCUGGUUUGUGGGAGAUCUGUGUCGACGUCAGGCGGAGGACCUUCUCCAGGGAAAACCGUCUGGAGCUUUCCUCAUCCGCAACAGCAGCUCCAAGGACUGUUACGCCUGCUCCGUGGUGGUCGGCAGUCAGGUGAGGCACUGCGUGAUUCGUCACACGGAGCGCGGCUUCGGCUUCGUCGAGCCGUUCGACCUCCACAAGUCUCUGAAGGAUCUGGUCCUGCACUAUCAUCACACCUCGCUGGCGCAGCACAACCAGGCUCUGGACGUCCGGCUGGCGUAUCCGGUCCACAUGUCCAGCUGAGAUGACCUGCACUAAGACUGAAGAGAUCUCGUCAUAGUUUGGCGCGUCUCUUGAUUUUACUGUCUGAACAAUGCGCAAAGAUCAAAAGCGACGAGUUUGUUUGUAUAUUGCACUUCCCAAAGCAUUCCUCGCGCUCGUAAUGAUACUCCAGUACUUGAACAAGUGUUUAAUGAGCCUUCUCUAGACACGUCAGAAUGUGUUUUUAAGGGGUUUGUAAUACAGUCAUGCUCUUUUAAGCAAACCGGUGCAGUAGUGGUUUUUUUUGGGAUGAUUAUGAAUGAUUAUAAUCUUACAAUUCAUUCAUCACCGGAAACAUUUUAAAAAUGUAUUUUCCGAAUGUAACAUCAAACUUUCAAAUCUUGCUUUAUAACUAAAAGCAGAUGCCUGCAGUUCAGCUUCUCAAGUAAGGAUUUCAUGUUUUUGACGCAGGAUUUAUUUGUCAUCUUGAAAACCGGGUUUAGAUCAUAAAAGUUGGAUUACAUUUUAAAGACAUCUUGAACAUUUUGAAUACAUUUUGAGUAACAGGAAAUGUAUUUGUUGAACUUACGUUUCUGGCACACUUCUUCUAAUGUUUAGCUUUUGUUACUAUCCUUUUUUUAGGAGAGCCAGUGUAGUUGUCUUACAGGCGUUUCAUGUACAGGUGUGUCUUUGGGUAAUGACACGACACCAAACUGCUUGUUCUUGAGAUGAGCAACUCUCUGUAAAAUGAUUUUUUUUAUCUGUCAUUUGGCAACAGAGGAAUGUUUCUUCUGCAGAGCUUAUUUUUUGCUACAGUGUUUUCUGUUGCAUGCUUCUUAAAAAAAUAAAAACAAAAACGAUUGAGUAUAAA